AUGGCAAUCCAACUCGAGGGCAAUGCUUUGCUUUACACAGUCACUACGCUGACUUGUCUUGGUUUCCUUCUUAUUGGUUUCGACAAUGGCUUGAUGGGUGGUUUCGUCAACAGUGCGGCCUUUACUGAAACAUUUGGCAUCGACACCAAGACCAACAGCGGAACCAGCAUGAUCGGCUUGAUUGUGGCAAUCUAUGAGAUUGGUUGCUUCAUUGGAGCCGUCACCACCAGUUUUAUCGGCGAGAACCUCGGUAGACGCAAGUCGAUCUUGAUCGGCGUACUCAUCAUGAUCGUUGGCGCAAUCCUACAAGCCACCGCUUACCACGUCGCCCACAUGAUCGUCGGCCGUAUCAUCAGUGGAAUUGGUAUGGGCUUCAUCAACUCUACAGUACCAGUCUUGCAAGCCGAGUUUAGUCCCAAAGCCACAAGAGGCAGAUAUGUCUGCGCACAGCUGUCUACCCUCAACUUCGGCAUCUGUAUGGUGUAUUGGAUCGAUUACGCUUUCUCGACAUUGGAGAACGGCCAAAGCACCAGUUACAUCUGGCGUGUACCCACCAUCCUUCAAUGCAUCUUCCUGAUUCCCAUGAUCUUCAUCGUCCUGAUCAUUCCUGAGACACCUCGCUGGCUUGCUGCUAGGGACAGAAACGAGGAAGCUCUGGAGGUCCUGACACGCCUCAACAAGGGCAAGAUGAGCCACGAAGAGAUUCAAAGUAUCCAUAGCGAUAUCGUUCGCACGGUGGCUAUCGAGAAGUCUAUUGGUGCCGGCACAUGGGGUGAUCUUCUGAAGAAUGACAGCAUCCAAAGCAGACGCAGAUUCCUCAUUGCUUGCAGCAUUCAAGCUUUCCAACAGCUUGGUGGUAUUAACGCGUUGAUCUAUUACUCUGGUACUAUUUUCCAGGAGAGUCUCGGCUUCGAUCCUCGUCUGUCCGGUCUCAUGUCUGGUUUCUUGAACACAUGGUUCUUCUUGGCUUCCUUCAUUCCUUGGUUCCUGAUUGACAGAGUCGGACGUCGUCCUCUGCUAUUAUCUAUGGUAAGCUUGAUGGCCGCUGUAAUGGCAGUCCAAGCAGCUCUUGUCUACCAGACUCAGGCCAAGACAGCUAUCGCCCACUCUGCUGGUAUUGGUGCUGCAGCAAUGCUCUUCAUUUUCCAAGGUGCCUUCACUGUAGGCUUCCAGGCUACCGUCUGGGUGUACCCGUCCGAGAUUCUCCCUCUCCGUCUUCGUCAAAGAGGUUCUUCCAUCUCUACCGGUACCAACUGGAUCAUGAACUUCUUGAUCGUAUACAUCACCCCUCCUGCUAUCAGGAACAUCAAGUGGAGGACAUACAUUAUCUUUGCGGUGCUGAACGCGACUUGGGUGCCGAUCAUGUACAUGUUCUACCCCGAGACUAAGGGACUUGCAUUGGAGGACGUUGACAGAUUGUUCACCAAGGAGGGAUUUGAAGAAGGCUUCGAUGCCGCGAUGGACGAGAAGAAUGUUUCAUACCUCACCGACAGGAUCGAGAAGGUAUGA